AUGGACGCCUCUCUCUGCUCUCGCUGGUCCAUCUUGGGAGGCCGUGUGACUCUGACAUGUGUAAUACAGAGACCUUCUCCAGUCCAUGAGGAAUACAGAUGGUUCAGAGGGAAAGAAGAUCAACCUGAAGAACUGAGAGAAACCUCACAAUCUAUCAGCGUCUCCAGAGGAGGAGAGUACAGCUGCAGAGGACAAACUCAGUUUGGAUUUACAGCUCGGAGCCUUCCAGUCUCCCUCAAAGAAACUGAGCUGGGCGUGGCCUCUCUGUCCCUGUGGCCCCCGUGGCCUCAGCUGUUCUCUGGAGAGCAGCUCUGUCUCUCCUGUAGAGCACACAGAGCAGAUGCUGAGUGGAUGUUUGAAUGGAGCAGAUCUGGACAGAGGCUGGACUUCACACAAAGUGAAGUGACCAUAAGAAAAGCUGCAGUGAGGGACACAGGCUCCUACCGCUGCAGAGGAGUCCUGCCCCACACAGUCACUGAGUGGAGCCCCGUCAUUUCUCUGAAAGUGUCUCAGAGGGCCAGUGUGGGCCCUGAACACAACUCCUUCAGCCUCCAGGGCCUCAACCACUCAGCAGUGUUUGUGUGUCGAGCAACAAGAGGAAGUCCCGCCUUCUUCUCUGAAUACAGCGACCCCUCCUUUGUUUGGUCUGAAGCUGCCCCUGUGUCAAAAACAGGCCUCUCCUCUGUCCCUGUGAUGUGGGUGGUGGGACCUGUGUGUUCUGUGGUUUCACUGAUUCUGCUGCUGCUUCUGUGGAGCUGCACCAAAACAAAAGAGAAGUCACGCAGUGUUGAACUGACCGUGGUCAACACUCUAGUGGAGGACAGAGUGACACUGGGCUGUAGUGUAGAGGACUGGAAGGAGAACGUCCAGUGGUUUUUCAGAAACAGAUCUUCUUAUCCUUAUUCUGAGCUGAAUAAUGACAAAAGUGUCCUGACUGUGUCUCGUGGAGGAGUGUACUCAUGCAGAGGAGCAGGUUAUCGUUUAUUCACAGGAGAAAGCAAGGAAAUUGCAGUUGAAUCGUUUGAAAGACCCUGCUCGGUCUUUGUGAUUCGAUCGUCUGAAGUUCUCCCAGUGGGAGGCCGUGUGACUCUGACAUGUGUAAUACAGAGACCUUCUCCAGUCCAUGAGGAAUACAGAUGGUUCAGAGGGAAAGAAGAUCAACCUGAAGAACUGAGAGAAACCUCACAAUCUAUCAGCGUCUCCAGAGGAGGAGAGUACAGCUGCAGAGGACAAACUCAGUUUGGAUUUAUAGCUCGGAGCCUUCCAGUCUCCCUCAAAGAAACUGAGCUGGGCGUGGCCUCUCUGUCCCUGUGGCCCCCGUGGCCUCAGCUGUUCUCUGGAGAGCAGCUCUGUCUCUUCUGUAGAGCACACAGAGCAGAUGCUGAGUGGAUGUUUGAAUGGAGCAGAUCUGGACAGAGGCUGGACUUCACACAAAGUGAAGUGACCAUAAGAAAAGCUGCAGUGAGGGACACAGGCUCCUACCGCUGCAGAGGAGUCCUGCCCCACACAGUCACUGAGUGGAGCCCCGUCAUUUCUCUGAAAGUGUCUCAGAUGUUUGAGUCCUGGCUCAGGCCUGGGGCCUCUGUGUCUCUGAACUGCACUGUGACAGCGCCCUCUGCAGGAUGGAUCUUUCACUGGUACAGGGCUGUUCCCCACUCAAAGUCUUUCACAUAUGAGCGGCUCCCAGGGGCCAGUGUGGGCCCUGAACACAACUCCUUCAGCCUCCAGGGCCUCAACCACUCAGCAGCGUUUGUGUGUCGAGCGACAAGAGGAAGUCCCGCCUUCUUCUCUGAAUACAGCGACCCCUCCUUUGUUUGGUCUGAAGAUGCAGCGUCUACAGAGUCUCUGUCCGUCAGUCCUGACAGAACACAGCACUUCACUGAUGACAUCAUCUCUCUGAGUUGUGGGUUCAACUCCACUGGAGCAGAAUAUGAAAGAUAUUCUGACAACAAACUCUCUGCACAAACAUGCAGAUCAAUGAGGAAAGAUAAAUGUGACUUUAGUUUACAUGAGAAAACCAGUGCAGUGUUUUGGUGCGAGUCCAGAACUGGAGAAAUGAGCAACGCCAUCAACAUCUCCGCUCACAGUGAGUUUGUUACAAUCUGA